AGGAAGAAGAAAACAUCAGUGGCUUCGUUGGCGUCAUCGCUGCUUCACGAGCCAGGGAACAUCGGGCGUCUUCGGCCAACCGGCAGUAGGAAGCCCCCCAGGAGCUGAAACACCCUCUCGUUAAAAAGGGCUUCUCGUGAAGACUGCCAACGGCAGGCUUGGUCAUGAGCAUCCGUCAAGAAGACCGUCGUGACAGCUUCGUGAGUCCGGUCAUCAAUAGCUUCGUGUAGGCACCAAGGUAUCAGGCUCCUGUCGGGCGCACGACGGAAGCAGCCAGGAGAGGAGUUCUAUCAAGCUGUCUGGCGACCCGCUGAUCCACAGCUACCGUCUCGCGUCAUCCGACAGUCCAGCGGGGCCGUGCCGUUCUACGUCAAUGAGGGCGAACGCAAACGGAAGACGGAGAGCGGUUUCCUUCGACGUCGCCGCAGCGCCGGUGGCUAUCGCUCCAACAAAUGCCGCUCCGAUUCCCAACAACAUUACAUCGAGUGCGACGUCUGUCAGCGUCCGCGGACAACGUAUGGCCGAGUAUUGCGUGUUCCUGGUGUCGGUGUCAGCCGUGACGCUAUCUAUCACACUUUUCCAGCCUCUCGUGCUCUUCCACUGCCUAGUGCAGUGCAAGGAGCCACGCUGUUUCAACGUAGCCAUAGCGGUGCACCAAUCCAUCGCACCGUCCAUGGCACCUUGCCAGGACUUCUUCAAUUACUCUUGCGGGGACGGCCGCGCCACCCGUUUUUUCGCUCGUCUCGAGCAGUCGCUCCGUACAGCGGCGCUUCGCUGGGUUUCUGCGGUCCCAGUGCCGAGAUCGGGCCAAAGCGCCGUUCAAAAGGCCGCGAUGCUGCUUCGUGGCUGCCUUAAGCUGACAAUGCAGAAGAACGAGGACGUGGACGCCAUCAGAAACGUGCUGAGCGCGGGUGGACUCGCGUUUCCCAAGAUGCCCACCACGUCCAAGUACUCCACAGUUCGGAGCAUCGUGGAGUUCAACUUGAACGCCGGCAUCGCACCAGUCUUCAGGCUGACCGCCGGCCGCAGCCUUUACUCAGGGAGCGGCUACAUGCUGCACGUCACACCCAACUACGACAUCGUCUCGUUUGCAGAAUACCUUCAGCAACUUGGUCCGAGUGAAAAUUUCGACGUGUACGUCAGACGGUGCGCCGAAGUCAUCGGCGAACGUGGCAUGUCUUACGCCGCACUUAUCAGGGCUGUGAAGAGUGUGAACCAGGCGUUUGCCGAGCUGUCCGUCACUAAACCGCUCCACGUCGAACUGAAAUUGAGCCCACAGUACCCGCAAGCGGGCUUCUGGCAGUCACUGUGCACCAUCCUGCACAAGAAGUUGCAAUUCCUGGACGUUGCGAAGAGGAAAUUCUUGAUUCUGGAUGAGGGCUACUUCAACUUUCUCGCUUACAGAGUUUUCGAUCCACUAGAAGCGAAAGAGAUCGCGGCCUACAUUGGUCUAUACGUGGUGUGGUACCUGAGCCGCGUGGCUUCCUACACUCUCGCCUACAGCUCGCCCGUGCCAAACUACACCCACGGACUGAAAGACAUGUGGUUGCGCUGCUACGCGGACGUCCACACGCUGAUGCCCUUCGCCGUGGAGCACCUGUACCUGCACGCAGCGAUCAUCAAAAAGGAUGUGGAAGAGAUGGAAAGCAUAGUCCAGGCAGUCACCCAGGCAACCAAGGACUUCGUGUCAGCGCUCCCCAGGGAAGGCAGGCCGAGCGAGGCGAGGUUGAUCGACAAGAUCGGGAAGCUGCGCGUGUUCCCGUACUCGUUCGCCUCGUUGCACGAACCCCACCAGCUGAACCGUUUGUACGCACACGUGCCGGACCAAAGGGACGUCGACUUCGUGUACAACUUCCUGCGGCUCUCCCGGAUGACGGCCGAAUACAUGGUGCGCCUGCUGCUCAACUCGUCCGCGGAUGUCACCGAGCCGUUCGUGCCUCCAUUCGAGGCGGGCGUGCCGUACAUGGCCAGCGUCUUCAACAUGGUGCACUUGAGCCCGGCGGUCGUGCUGCCGCCGGCGUUCACCUCCGGCCAGUCCCUGUCGCUCAACUACGCCGGUCUUGGAUACAACGUUGCCGAGCAGGUUGGCCAGCUGUUCCUGCGCAGUCCCAGCAUCCUCAAUGAGACCGGCGGCUACGAGCGAGUUUGGUCCGAUCGCUUCUUCAAUUCGCUGCGAAGGAAGUACCAGUGCCUGAGAAACAUGUUUCGCGAAGGUGAAUGGAACGCCACUGAAAUACCCAGAGACGUCCUGCGGGCAUCUGUAACAGCUGAGAUUGCCUUUAAGGCUUUCAUGGAGGUGCGGCGCUCUCCGGCACACGCGGCUCGCUUCCGGCAGGAGAGGGACCACUUCGGCAUGGCGCCCGAGCAGCUCUUCUUCGUGGGCAUCUGCAUGAACUGGCGUCAACGAAGGCACGAGCCGCGCGGCCUCGCCGAGCUCGUGUGUCGCUUCUCCAUGCGCUCGCUGCAGGGCUUCAACGAAGUCUUCAGCUGCCCCAAGACGACGGCGCUCGCUGCCCUCGAGAAGUGCCCGAUCUGAGUUUAUCCGACGGCGUUUUGCUGCCAGGAAGAAAGAAAUAAUUCAAACGGCGGCAUUUGAAAGAAAAGAAUGGCAAGGUCGUCCCCCCAGUGAA